UUAAAAUGUGUAGUGAAACAGCGUCACUUUCACUUCUCUCUUUCACUCUCUUUCUCCUUCUCUCUUCAUUCCCAGUUAAACACCUUCGCCUUUAUUUCUUUUUUAUUCAUUCUCUCUUCUUUAACUUCCGGCCAGCUCAAAACAACUGCUUCUAACAUGUCUUACGACAUCCCCACGUGUAUUUAAUUCAUCAUAAAUUACUGCCUACUUCACUCCCUUUAGUUCAACCUCAAAUGCUGGAUCUGAAACUUCAUUUCGUACAUUCCUAAGCAAAUGCUAUUAGAGAAACUUUUUAGUUUCAGCUCCAAUGUUUAAGCUGAGUUGACCUGUCAACUCAUUAUUUGAUGACAGGUGUCAAUGCUGCUCUGUGGUGUACCAAGAAUUUUAGGCCUCCAUAUUGUUCCUUUUUGUUACCGCAUUCAGUUUCAGAUAUCCUGUGUCAAACAACUCCACAUGAAGUUCGAGUUCACUUCAUUGUUUCUUUUCUUCUUUAUCAUAGUCAAUCUAUUUGCUUUGGCUGUUACAGACCUGAACUCAGAUCAACAAGCCCUUCUUGAAUUUUCAGUCAAAGUUCCGCAUCUAAGGAAACUCAAUUGGACCUCCACUAAUCCCAUCUGCCAGUCUUGGGUAGGCAUCACUUGCACGAUGGAUCAUACUCGUGUAAUUGCACUACGGCUUCCAGGAGUUGGACUUAUAGGCCCUAUUCCAAACAACACUCUUGGUAAACUAGAUGCCCUUAGGACUUUAAGCCUUCGAUCUAAUGUACUAACUGGUAGUCUACCUUCUGAUAUUGUCUCCCUUCCUUCUCUGCGACACCUAUAUCUCCAGCAUAAUAACUUCUCUGGUGACAUUCCUUCAUCCUUUUCCCCACAUCUAACUGUAUUGGACCUGUCAUUCAACUCCUUCGAGGGAAACAUUCCACAGAGCAUAAAUAAUUUGACGCAACUCACUGGAUUGAAUCUCCAGAACAACAAUCUUUCUGGAUCCAUUCCCAAUUUAAAUGACACUAAGCUCAGACACUUGAAUUUAAGCUAUAAUCAUCUUAAUGGUUCAAUCCCACUGUCCCUUCAGAAGUUCCCCAAUUCCUCUUUUAUAGGAAACUCUUUUUUAUGUGGACCACCAUUACAAUCAUGCUCCAUUAUUCCACCUUCUCCAUCACCUACUUAUUCUCCACCCCCUGUGUUACCUCGAAAAAAAAGCUCCAAACAGAAACUAGCAUUGGGUGCUAUCAUUGCCAUUGCUGUAGGAGCCUUACUGCUAUGCCUUCUAACUCUAAUUUUUUUAUUCUGCUUUUUGAAGAAAAAAGAUAAUGGAAGAAAUGGUGUUUCUAAAGGGAAGGCUUCUAGUACUGGCAGGGGUGAGAAGCCCAAGGAGGAGUUUGGAAGUGGGGUGCAGGAACCUCAGAAAAACAAGCUGGUUUUCUUUGAAGGUUGCUCAUAUAAUUUUGACCUUGACGAUUUAUUAAGGGCUUCAGCUGAAGUGCUGGGUAAGGGUAGUUAUGGCACAGCAUAUAAAGCUGUCCUGGAGGAAUCAACAACAGUAGUGGUUAAAAGGUUAAAGGAAGUGGUGGUGAGCAAGAGGGACUUUGAACAGCAAAUGGAAAUUCUUGGAAGGGUUGGGCAACACCCAAAUGUCGUGCCACUUCGUGCUUAUUACUAUUCAAAGGAUGAAAAGCUCUUGGUUUACGAUUAUUAUUCAAUGGGCAACCUAUCAACACUUUUGCAUGGAAACCGGGGAGCUGAAAGAACUCCACUCGACUGGGACACUAGAAUAAAAAUAUCCCUUGGGACCGCUAGGGGAAUUGUGCAUGUUCAUUCCGUGGGUGGCCCAAAAUUCACUCAUGGAAAUAUUAAAUCCUCAAAUGUCCUUCUCAACCAAGAUCUUGAUGGAUGCAUCUCUGAUUUUGGCCUGACCCCUCUUAUGAAUGUUCCUGCAACUCCAUCUCGGAGUGCAGGCUAUCGUGCUCCAGAAGUGAUUGAAACUCGUAAGCACAGUCAUAAAUCAGAUGUGUACAGUUAUGGUGUUCUUCUUCUUGAGAUGCUGACUGGAAAAGCACCACUCCAGUCUCCAGGGCGUGAGGAUAUGGUUGAUCUUCCUAGGUGGGUUCAGUCUGUUGUGCGGGAAGAAUGGACAGCUGAGGUUUUUGACGUGGAGUUGAUGAGAUUCCAAAACAUCGAAGAAGAAAUGGUGCAGAUGUUGCAAAUUGCCAUGGCCUGUGUGGCAAAAGUGCCAGACAUGAGGCCUCAUAUGGAUGAAGUUGUUAGAAUGAUUGAAGAAAUCCGGCCAUCUGACUCAGAAAACCGGCCCUCAUCUGAAGAGAACAAAUAAAAGGGUGCAAAUGUGCAGACUCCAUAAUUGUUUACAAAGUUUAUGCCUAAUUAUUUCAAGUAAGAUUCAGUAUUUUCCAUGGGGAGAUGAUAGUGAUUUUUUUUCAAGCAUUAUUUGUAACUUGGAUGCGUUUGUGGUGGCUUCGUACGGUGUGAAUCUGUUCAAUUAUGCUAAUUUUCUUAGGGAACGAUGUAGUUCUAUUCUUUUCAACUCAUUUGAUGGGUUUUUCAUUUCAAGAUAUCUUGUAAUUAUUUUUAUUUCAACUGUGUAUCAUUUGAUGAGCUUCAAUUCAUGUUGGUUAAUCUGUCCA